AUGGACAGAGAUCGUGAUCGGGAUCGAAGACCCUUCCCACGUGAGGACCAAUACGGCGACGGCCGCGGUCAGUCGUAUCGCCCUCCGCGCUCUCCAGUUCCGCGAUCAGACACAUACCGUGCACCUCGCUCACCACCUCGAGGCAAUGCAUAUGUCGAUUCAUAUCGUGCUCCCCCGAGAAAUCGCAGCCGCUCGCCCAUACCCUUCCGCCGUCGUUCACGAAGCCCUCCGCCCUUCAGGCCAAGAGACGGUGGAGACAGCUACAGAGGAAGAGCUCGCUCACCACCACCUAGAAGAGGUGGUUUCAUGAGGGACGAGAGCUACAGACCACCGCCUGCCUCGCGCUUCCACAGAGACACUCUUCCAUACAACACCCGCUCGCCAGUACGUGCCCCUCGCGACCGUUCUCCCCUUCCUUUGAAGCGCGGUCGUGAUGUCUCACCUGCCGGCAGCCGUGGCAGAAGAUCUCCGCCUCCAGCGAAGCGUGAAAGGCUCGACUCUCCACCUCGUUCAAGAUACAAUGCCUACCCACCGUCGAGAGACGUCAGCCCCGGUCUUGGACGUGACAGGCGUGAGAUGCGCUUGACUCCUCCUCGUGGUGUCACUCGUGGUUAUCGCCUAUUGUCUCGUUCGCCCAUGCAGCACAACGAGAACAUCAACCCUCGUAAGGUCGACUGGAGACGUCGCUCCCCAUCGCCCGCAAGACCACGCCCUGAUCUCAUGACGACCGAACACUCAGGUGCUGCAUCUGUUACCAGCUCAAGACGCUCAUCACCGCCCAUCCAUCCCAGCAGACUUGCCGCUAUUGAUCCCCUUCCAAAAGACGACCUGUUCGCGAAUCGCAUACCCGCACGUGCUGUUUCGCCAAUUCCAGCUCCCGCCCCCCCUCGAUCACCUAUCGUUUCAAGACCGCGAUCACCUAUUCCUUCCAGACCCAGAUCACCGAUACCUCCUCCGACCGACGUUCGCUCCCCUGUUCGUAAGCGCGACCCUACUCCGCCACCCCGCGAGCGUGAAAUUCCUACCGGACCAGCCAUUCGCGCUCCCCCAACUGGUCCUGCAAGGCUAGACGAACCUUUGACCAGAGCUCCGCCAACAGGACCUGGUGCUUCCAGAUCUUAUGCACAAGCCGCUAGUGAUGUUCCGAUCCCCACCGGUCCAAGAAUGAGAGCCAAUUCUCCCCCGACACACCCAAGAGGAGGCAUUCAGACCAGGGGCGGCUACCAAAGAGAUUAUCCUCCCCGAGACUUCGUCCCACGCGGUGACUACCAUGGACCACGUGGAAGAGGAGGGCCGUAUGGUGGGCCAUCAUACCGCGGAGGUCGAGGUGGUGGUUAUGUGUCACAGCACAACAGAGAUCCGGACUUUGCCUCGACACCACCAUCAGGCCCCCGCGGCUCUAUGAGCUCACACGCUCCUCCACCACCUUUCAGAGGUGGCGUACAUGGCUCAGGCACAUACCCACGUACCACACGCUUCGCACCCAACGGAGCACCUUUACCUUCUGGACCCAAAGCCGACACAGUUAUGGGUGGUACGGGCGAGUUUGAUCGAGGAGCCAAGCCGGUCAAUGUCUACCUGGCAGACUUGCCGCGUGUCGUCGAUGGUGGUAUCAAGGCACCCGAACUUUACGACAGAGGCCGCCUGAACAAGCUAGAGGAUGAGGCGGAGAAGUUGCGACAGGUCAUCGAAGACAAGCAAGCACGCAAGCGCAAAGGUUUGCAAGAAUGGGCCAAGCUCAGCCGCGACAGCGAGACUGCAAGUUUCAGAGCGCAGUUGGCGGAUGAGAAUGUGCGAGCGCUUGCUGGAGAGAACGAUGGCGGUGCCGCAUUCUAG